AUGUCGACUUCACCAUGCCUUGACGUCCAUUUCACUACCCGUGCUGUCAUUGAGUGGCAGUCCGAUAACGAGUCAGAUCGCGCGACACGGUUUCUGGCUAAACCCGAUCCCAAAGUCAGCUCUAUCACGUUGACGACCCGGUUCGAUUCGAAAGGUUCUCUCUUCGACAUACACAUUCCCUUGAAGCUCAAAGGCAUUGACAACACGUCCGAUAUCACACUUCGAGCCUGUGCUUCCUCCGUUAUCUCUCUCGAUAUUAUUAAGAACCCGACCGUCUCUAGUGAGGUUGAGCAAGAGUUCAAGUCCCUAGCUCUCGGCCUUCGCUUCCAGCUGAACCGCCAUCUUGACAUCCUGGUCCCUAUCCCUGCUCUCGAGCCAAUACGUCCAGCAGGUCGAGCACGGUCAGGUGUUGUGCUCGAUGCCAUUCGCGAGUUUUCUCGGGCAACUGUUUUCACCCUCUAUAUCGAGGCGCGCAAUGCAUCCCCAAAACUCCAGUCCGUCGGCGAUGCUGUCAGCCAGGGUCUUUUCAAGACGUCCUGUAGCAGCGGCUUUCAACUGGCUAGCAUGUAUGCCGGUCUUGGAGCAAAGAUUGUCCAGCUUGGUAUGGAUGAAGCGCUUGCACCGCCGUCAUAUGAAGAAACCGAACCCCCACCGCCGCCGCCUCCGAUCGACCCCAAGCCUGACAGAAAGCGUCCACGACAAGAUACUGCGACCGAACGCGCCGAAGAAAUCGCUUUGAUUUGGGCAGAGCUGCAAAUGCUCAAGCAAGCGAAAGACGCAGACGGGAAGCGCAUUGCGUUCUUGGAGAUGGAGAACCAGGAACUGCGGGAAACCGUAGCCAGGCUCCAAGAACAAUAUGAAGCUUUUGACAGGUCACAGCAAGAUAUCCACCACAACUUCGGAGCCCUCGAGACCACGGUCGAGAAGAAUACGCAAGAAUUUGAAGAGAGCGUCGGCAACGAACUAGCAGAGCUACGUGAGGAUAUCAGUCAAUUAGAUCAUCAACUUUCCUUCAUUCAAGAGGGACAAGUUAGCGAUGAGUCUGUAGCCAGGAUAAAAGACGCUGUACUAUUGGAUAUCACGACCCGAUUAUCAGGGGAUUGA